GACGGCAUUGGCAGGAGCACCAAGUCAGAGCAAGUAGUAAAAACAUUGCACAAAGUAGCAUUGCUGCGCGUCGAGCGUUUUUUUCCACCACAUUGUAAAUAUGUGUUUGGCAUGUUUAGCCUAAUAUCACAGCAGGGUAAUUCAUGUUUAGCUUACAAAACUCUCUCUUUUGUUAUUAGUCCCGUGUGCAGCAUCGACCUUUUCACCACUGCUACAGUAAGCACAUGUCCAGCUGAUGGUUGGGAAUAGGUCGACAGGUGAGUCACUCUGCUUGUAGAUUCAUCAUGAAGGGGUUUUUGAGGAAGGUGCACAGCAUCUUUCUGAAGGUCGCCCUGUUUCCAAGCACAUUUGCCAGGAAAGGUCCACGGCCCGCAGCCUCAGAGGUUUUGACCUGCCACCUCCAGCAGAGAAAACUCCCUCCGUGGACUUCCUUCUGUGUCCGCUACAGCUCCGUCCACAAUGACCAGUUUGGACUGUCUCAUUUUAACUGGAGGGUCGAAGGCUCCAACUACCACAUACUCAGAACAGGCUGCUUCCCCUUUAUAAAAUACCACUGCUCCAAAGCACCUCCACAGAAGCUGGACUUUGAAGACACGUUUUUCACUGUGUUGAAAGUAAUUAAUCUGGGUAUCCCUUGUUUGGCUUACGGCAUUGGUUGCUGGAUGGUGGUGGGCGCUGCGGAAACGGUGCAGACAAGUGUUGGACCUGUCACAGUCUAUUUUGCCUACAAAGAAGACGACGGUGCACAGUACUGAAAACACUGACAGUGGUUGCGUAAAUUAAUAUAUACAGUCUAUGACUAGACCAUGAAGAAAUCACCGUUUUGAAUGUGUUUAAAAGAAGCUCACUUCUACUACGCUGCUGUGUUUGGAACCGUUCCCAAGGUGAUGCUGUUGUGUGCCUAUUGACAAACAUGUCAUUAGUGCUUCCAUUGUCUGAACAGGUUCAUUUUGUGUUGAAUUAUUAAAGAUUUGAAAGUUUCAGGAGGAA